CUCUCACACUUGUACUUUUCAGGACAUUGAAACAGACGAGAUUUCCCUGCGGAAAGAAACCCUGCCUUCCAAGAUUUCCCUAUUGGUUGUUUACCCGGACGAAAACGAGAUGCUUUUUUUUUUUUAAGGGGCAGGGUGCAUCCAUAAUCAGCCUACCCCUAUAGGACUUCUGUCUUGGCGACCUUUUUGUGACCUCUCCCGCCAGAGGAGGCUGCUGUCACUUUAAAAAUUUACGAAAGAGGAGCCUGGCUUCCGAUCACUUGGAGCUGGGGGAGAUAGCUCCCUGGCUCCCUCUCUCCCUCGUCUCUUUCUGGAUGGCCGAGCAGAUCCUCUUUAAAGGGACAGUUCAUGAAAUAGAAUCCCGGGCAGCUGAGCGCGGAGUUGCAAAUAGGGGGAAGAUCCCGUGAGGGUCUCGGAUUGGGGGAGAAGAAAAAAAGCGGGGGUGUCUAUUACUUCCGUCUCCCUCGCCCCUCCACUCGACCCUCCACCCCAUCUUUCCAAAGACUCCAGCACCCCCCCUCCUCCUUCCUGUUUUUAUCCCCCCUUCUUCUGUUUUGUUUUGUUUUUUAAACUGGGAGAGAGAGGUGGAAGUUUUAGUGGUUCUCAGAUAACUUUCAUUACACAUCGGGCUGAUAAGCGCGAGAGAAAGUGAGAAAAGAAGGAGGUGAUGUGAAUCAGAAGGAGCUACCCUUAGGAGGGGAGGGGGAAGCAAGAAGGAAAAAAAAAAUUCCCACCCCCCCCAGCCGCAUCACCCCUCCCCCCUCCCCAGAAGAGAGGAGAGGAGAGCUGAGACUUCACUUCGGGUCGUUACAAAAAAAAGAUACAUUGUUGCCUGAUGAUAAAGCCACAAGAUCGCGUGGUCCCGGAGAGCCGCGGCUCCUAGAGAGAGGACCAAGUUAGCAGAGAGAAAGCCGGGGAGUGAUUAUUUUAAUCGUGAAACGCUGCUCGCCAUCGGCUGAAAGAUCGGCCGGCCCAGAACCUCAGGGCUUAUUAUUGUUAUUAUUUUAUUCUCCUGUGAUUGCCUUUUUUUUUUUUUCCGUUGCUGGGAGUUGAGUCCUUAGACAUGUUAAGAUAUUAGAUGAGUUUUGCAAUGUGAAAUACUACAUAGAUGCCAGUCAACCAGAUGUCGGGAGCUGGCUCAAGUAUGUCAAGUUUGCUGGAUGCUAUGAACAGCACAACCUCGUUGCAUGCCAGAUAAAUGAUCAGAUAUUUUAUAGGGUAGUCACAGACAUUGAACCCGGAGAGGAGCUCUUACUGUACAUGAAGAGUGAAGAGUACUCCCAUGAAACAAUGGCGCCCGACAUUCAUGAAGAGCGUCAGUACCGCUGUGAGGACUGUGACCAGCUCUUCGAAUCCAAAGCCGAGCUAGUGGAUCACCAGAAGUUCCCCUGCAGCACCCCUCACUCGGCAUUUUCCAUGGUGGAAGAGGACUUUCAGCCAAAGCUGGACAGUGAGAGUGACCUCCGGGAGAUGCAGGAAAUCCAGGAGUGUAAAGAGUGUGACCAAGUCUUCCCAGAUUUGCAAAGCCUGGAGAAACACAUGUUGUCACAUACGGAAGAGAGAGAAUACAAGUGUGAUCAGUGUCCCAAGGCUUUUAACUGGAAGUCCAACUUAAUUCGCCACCAGAUGUCACAUGAUAGCGGAAAGCACUAUGAAUGUGAGAAUUGUGCCAAGCAGGUUUUCACGGACCCUAGCAACCUACAGAGGCACAUUCGCUCCCAGCAUGUCGGAGCCCGGGCCCACGCAUGCCCUGAGUGUGGCAAAACAUUUGCCACGUCGUCCGGCCUCAAACAACACAAGCACAUCCACAGCAGUGUGAAGCCCUUCAUCUGUGAGGUCUGCCAUAAGUCCUAUACCCAGUUUUCAAAUCUUUGUCGUCAUAAGCGCAUGCAUGCUGAUUGCAGAACCCAAAUCAAGUGCAAAGACUGUGGACAAAUGUUCAGCACUACAUCUUCCUUAAAUAAGCACAGGAGGUUUUGUGAGGGCAAGAACCAUUUUGCAGCAGGUGGAUUUUUUGGCCAAGGCAUUUCACUUCCUGGGACCCCAGCUCUGGAUAAAACAUCCAUGGUUAAUAUGAACCAUGGCAAUCCGGGCCUUGCUGACUAUUUUGGUGCCAAUAGGCAUUCUGCUGGUCUUACCUUUCCAACAGCUCCUGGAUUUUCUUUUAACUUUCCCGGUUUGUUUCCUUCUGGCUUGUACCACAGGCCGCCCUUGAUACCUGCUAGCUCUCCUGUUAAAGGACUGCCGAGUACUGAGCGAAACAAAAGUCAAAGUCCCCUCAUGACACAUCCUCAGAUACUGCCAGCUACCCAGGAUAUUUUGAAGGCACUAAGUAAACACCCCCCUGUAGGGGAAAAUAAGCCAGUGGAGCUCCAGCCUGAGAGGUCCUCUGAAGAGAGGCCCCUGGAAAAAAUCAGUGACCAGUCAGAGAGUAGUGACCUUGAUGAUGUCAGUACCCCAAGUGGCAGUGACCUGGAAACCACUUCUGGCUCUGAUCUCGAAAGUGACCUUGAAAGUGAUAAAGAGAAAUUUAAAGAAAAUGGUAAAAUGUUCAAAGACAGAGUAAGCCCUCUGCAGAGUUUGGCUGCAAUAAAUAAUAAGAAAGAAUACAGCAAUCAUUCCAUUUUCUCACCAUCUUUAGAGGAGCAAACGGCGGUGUCGGGAGCUGUGAACGAUUCUAUAAAAGCUAUUGCGUCUAUUGCUGAAAAAUACUUCGGUUCCACAGGACUGGUGGGGCUGCAAGACAAAAAAGUUGGAGCUUUACCUUACCCUUCCAUGUUUCCCCUCCCAUUUUUUCCAGCAUUCUCUCAGUCAAUGUACCCAUUUCCUGACAGAGAGUUGAGACCGUUGCCUUUGAAAAUGGAGCCCCAGUCACCAGGCGAUGGGAAGAAAGUCCAGAAGGGUAGCCCUGAGUCUCCCUUUGACCUCACCACCAAAAGGAAGGAGGAGAAAUCUGUGACUCCGGCCACCUCCAAACCAGCAGCAACGCCUCUCACGAGCCAGGAUCAGCCCCUGGACCUGAGCAUGGGUAGUCGGAGCCGAGCUAGUGGGACGAAGUCGACUGAGCCUCGGAAGAACCAUGUUUUUGGCGAAAAGAAAGGAGGCGGCAUUGACCAAAGGAAGGUUUCGGAUGCCUCUUUGCAGCAUGCCAGACCAACUCCUUUCUUUAUGGAUCCCAUUUACAGGGUAGAGAAGAGAAAGCUCACUGACCCACUUGAAGCUUUAAAAGAGAAAUACUUGAGACCUUCUCCAGGAUUCUUAUUUCAUCCACAAUUCCAACUGCCUGAUCAGAGAACUUGGAUGUCCGCCAUCGAAAACAUGGCUGAAAAGCUGGACAGCUUCAGUGCUCUGAAACCAGAAGGCAAUGAGCUCAUCCAAUCAGUUCCCUCCAUGUUCAACUUCAGAGCCCCUCCAAACGCUCUGCCCGAGAACUUGCUUCGGAAGGGCAAGGAACGGUAUACUUGCAGAUAUUGUGGCAAGAUUUUCCCAAGAUCAGCAAACCUAACACGUCACUUAAGGACGCACACUGGAGAGCAGCCAUACAGAUGCAAAUACUGCGAUCGAUCCUUCAGCAUAUCUUCCAACUUACAGCGACAUGUGCGAAACAUUCACAAUAAGGAGAAACCUUUCAAGUGUCACUUGUGUGACCGGUGUUUUGGCCAGCAAACCAACCUAGACAGACACCUAAAGAAACACGAGAAUGGGAACAUGUCUGGUACUGCGACAUCAUCGCCUCAUUCUGAACUGGAAAGCACAGGUGCCAUCUUGGAUGACAAAGAGGAUUCCUACUUCACAGAAAUUCGAAAUUUCAUUGGAAACAGCAACCAUAGUCACCAAUCACCAAGGAAUGCAGAGGAGAGAAUGAAUGGAAGCCACUUUCAGGAUGAUAAGAUCCUGGUGGCUGGACAAAAUUCAGACUUGCUAGAUGAUGAAGAAGCAGAUGAUGAAGUAUUGUUGGAUGAAGAAGAUGAAGAAAGUGACAUGACGGGGAAACCAGGAAAGGAGCCAAUUUCAAGUAAUCUGCAUGAAGGAAACCCCGAGGACAACUAUGAAGAAACCAGUGCUCUGGAAAUGAACUGUAAGACGUCCCCAAGCAGGUAUAAAGAGGAGGAGUAUAAAAGUGGACUUUCUGCUUUAGAUCAUAUAAGAUACUUCACAGAUAGCCUCAAAAUGAGGAAAAUGGACGAGACUCACUAUAAUGAAGCUGAGCUGUCUUGUAGCGCUUCUCACCUGCCAGAGGACCUUAAACAGCCGCUAUACAGAAAGUCCAAGUCACAGGCCUAUGCUAUGAUGUUGUCACUGUCUGACAAGGACUCCCUUCAUUCUCCAUCUCAUGGUUCUCCCAACGUGUGGCACAGCAUGGCCAGGGCUGCCGCGGAAUCAAGUGCCAUCCAAUCUCUCAGCCACGUAUGACCUUGUGACGUCCGACCAGAAUUGGGACCAAGUCCAAUCCAGUAGCAUGGCUCUUCCACAGAGGACUAUUUAAAAGACUGCUGAGCAGAAUGCCUUAUAAAUCUGCUGGGUCACCCAUUUAAAGUCUGGUGACCUUAAACUGAAUAAUUUUAAAAAAAGAAAGAAAACGAAAAAAAAGAAACUAUUUAUUCUCAAUAUUUUGUUUUGCACAGCAAAGGCAGCUGCUGACUUCUGGAGGAUCAAUGCGACUCAAAGAAUGAAAAC